AAACACUGGAUUAAUUGUCAUAUGAAACGCGCUAAUGUUGUCACAAUGUAGGACUGGUGUCGAAUUUAACGGGACGUGUAGAUCUUGUAGUACAAACAUCAUUCAAGUAAGUUCAGCUGCAGUAUGAGACAUACACAAUGGUAGCCUAGAGAUCUACACUAACGCACCCACGAACAGACAAACUAAACAGUCCCAUACGGGAGAAUCGAACCAGUUUCAUACGGGAGAAUCGAAACAGUCCCAUACAGGAGAAUCGAGCUUCUACUGAGAAGAAUAAAACAAAAGGCCAACAAGGCAACCCAAAACACUACACAACACAAACACCAACAAUAUACAAUACUAGAAUAAGACCCUCCUCUCGCCGGCAGACAAUCCACACCAAUCCAUGGCUCGACACCUAGAGACGUCAGCACAAGGGAAAGAAACCCAAUCCAAGAAACCGAACCAAAAACUCCAGCAAGCGGCUAAUUGGAACUGCAAUCGGACCAAAUUCCUCUCCCGAACGGCAACCCCUAGACCAACACCAGAGAACAACUCCUUUCUCCCCAACUCCCAACCACCGACCGAGACCACAUCCCAAACACACGAGACACAACCAGCCCCCACCAACCAACAUCACCGGGAAACGGAAAAGGAGAGAAAAGGACAUAUACCUCAACCCCGACCCCCUUACCAGAGAAGGUCGGGACCAGCCGAUCGACCAAAUUUGGCGCCAACCGAAACCCGCUCCACCACCCAUAGACGACCGGCGAGUGCGGCGAAGCUCUACAUCGGGGAGGGGGCGACGACUCCUAAUGGGACGAGCAGCUCGGGCUGGUGACGGCCGACGCCAUGGCACCUUGGAUUGAGCAGCAGAGAGGAGAUGAAGGCUCAGCUACGACUACGAAGCUUCCUGAUUUGGGGAAAAGGGUUUUCGCGAUAAGAGAGGAGAGAGGUUUUUGAAACUAUGGACGAGACGGUCGGACCUCAUUAGUCGCAAUGCAAUUUUUCCUAGUUGUUAAAGCGAAAUUUACUAAGUUUUACCGCCGAAUAUUUCCACACGAUGUCGUUCUCUUUUAUUGUUUUCUUCCUUACAAGGCGGCAUCGUUUUAGAAACAUGUCGUUUCUCUCAUCGUAUUUAAAUUGUGUGCGCUACCCGGCAUUCUGAACGAAUUUUUUCAGAGUUUUCAGCAUUUUAGUGAUUAUCAGAUUCCAACAUCAAUAGGCUCCUCUACCUUCCAAAACGAAAAAAAUCUCUCGUUGAGUUUCUAAAUGGAGCUAGCCAUUACCAUCGGUACGCCCCCGGCACCUUCAGACAGAGAAGCUAUCGACCGCCGCUGUGAGGAGGCCUUGGCGGCGUCCCAGCAGGGGAACCGCGAGCGCGCUAAGGAAAUCGUUCUGGAGAUUUUUUCUGAUGUUUCAUCGGCGUUGGGAGAAGUUCACCGCGUCCAGUCGGUGAUAUAUUCGGUUGCUGCUGCUCUGGCCGCUGGAAAUGUGGCCGCUCGAGAUCUGGUCGCUCGAGAUCGAUACAGAAAUUUAGCUUUUCAGAAUGCAAAGAUUGCCACGCAUCUAUCCCCUGAGAGCUCUCAUAGUGCAUACCUUUGUGCUUCACUGGUGUUGACCGGCGCUAAAGACAUGGAAGAGCUGAAACGAGUGCAUGAUAUUUGUGAAGGUUUCCUCGUGAAAUUUGAAGAUGCUGUUGCUGCAUUUACUGGAUUAAGUCAGCUAGCAAAGGUCAAGGCCCUUCUAAUUACUAAUUUUGAAACUGAGGAUAUGUGGUUUACGUUCGAUCGGUGUAGUGCAGCAGCUAAGUUGGCCAAAUCAGGAAACCUUGAAGAUGUUAUUCCACUGUUAGGACCGAUUAAGGAAGCAGUAGAAUUAUACUGCUAUAGUCUAAGCUUAGAGGAGAGAAGUGAAUUAACCAGAAUUCGUAUUCCAGAUAUGAUGGAAAAAUAUGAAACAUUGUAUGACGGGAAAUUCUACCUUCUACUGAAGGAAAGCGUCUUUCUCUGGAAAACAGGAAAGGUAUGGACAAAAUGGCUUUGUCCAUGCAAUACUGAGAAGUUUACUAACAUUACUCUUUUCGAGCACCAUAUAAAGGAGCAUUCGGGAUUAGGAAUGACAAGUAAGGCUGUGGUGGAUGAAGCAGAUGGCAUAAUAAAUGAUGAUUGUUUGAUUUUUCAAGACUUAGAUUAUAGUGAUAUUUUUGGAUGCGACUGCUACUUGCUGGAGUCCUGGAACGAUUAUAAAAAGGAGAAAUGGCUCACUGCGGCUAGUACUCUUAUGUCGCUAAAGACAGAAGCAUCGCGUCUGGAAGGCCUAAGAGGGAAACUAGUCUCCAACGAGUCUAAGCUUAGAAAUGGUGUCGUGGAGAUGGUGAAGGGCUCACUUGGCGAUGAAGCUCAUAUACUCAACUUGAAAAUGUGGCUCCCUCCGAUGAUGAAGAUAGCUAACCCAUUCCUAGGCAGCCCAACCAAAGCUGAAACACGAACAACAAGAAGAGUUGCGAAUGGAAUUCUAGUGUAUAUGAUAGAAAACCAGAAGGGUGACCAUGCCUUUUGUUUUGUUGUGGGUGUAUUUACUAGACUUCUGAAGGAGACGUACGAUACGUAUGUCAAUAAGCGAUUCAUUCGCUUCCUGUCU